GGGAAAAAAGAAAAGAAAAAGAGGAGGAAAGAGGGGAAGAGAGCGGCACACGUAGUUACACUUCAGACCUCAAAGACUCGAGACUAAAACGACUCGGGGGAAGAGAGGAAAACAGAAACGAGAAAAUUAGAUUUGAAAAAGGAAAAACAAAAUCCAAAGUUGUUGGAUAUCUAUUAUAUAGGGGGAAUUGAGAUAGAAGAAGGAUGGGAAUGGCUGAUUCAGAACUGGAUUCAAUCUUUCCCGAUACCAAGCGCCACCGUAACCCUCUUGUUCCUAUUGGUGCCUUUGUCACUGCAGGAGUGCUCACAGCAGGGCUAAUUAGUUUCAAGCGGGGAAAUUCUCAAUUAGGUCAGCAACUAAUGAGAGCUAGAGUUCUUGCUCAAGGUGGUACAGUUGUGCUGAUGGUUGGGUCAGCGUAUUACUAUGGAGAUAGUUUUAAGCGUGAUGGGUGACUACCAACCAUGGCUGUGGACUUCUCUGAUUCUCCUGUUUGGAGUUGCAUUCAGCGGGGAAAAGGGAUUCCAUAUUUGCUAGGAGGUAGUUCUUUUCAUGGCUGGCAUUGCCGCCCAACCACUCCCGCACCUCACUGGAAAAAAAGUAGAGGAAAAUAAAUAACAGAGUGAAAAUAAUGAUGUGUUUAUGGUUUUUUAAGGGGGGACUUGACUGUCGCGCUUUCUCUCUGAUUUACGUAGUUUUAAUUUUGAUGUUAGUUGAAAUUGAGUUAAUUGUGGCUUCUUGAGGGUUAGUUUAAAGCUCCGAACUCGAAAAAACUCUUAUUCUCGAGCUUUGCUGAUGAGUGUUAUAGUGUCCCACAUUGGAUAUAAAUAGGUUUGUAAGAAGGUUCACCUAUUGCUUUAGGUUUUGAAAUGGAUGUUCAAAAUUCUUUUCAAUUAUUUUUGGCUUUUUAUUUUUUA